AAGAUAAUAAUGGCCGCUAGUGAUAAAUAUCAAAACGUGGAUGUUACUUCUUCGCACCCGAGUCUACUCUUGGUCCAAGUCAACUAUAUGGUCGUUGAAGUUAUCACGGCAAAAGCCUUACCACAGCUUUGUGUCAAAAGCCUUACCACAGCUUUGUGACAUUAUGCUCUAAUAGAACUACAACAGUACAACCUUAGUGUGCAUUUGUGACAUUAAGCUCUCACAGAUCUACAAUCUAAUUAGUGUGCGUUUGUGAUGAUGGCUCAACCUACUUAUGCACCUGCACCUCUAUUCGCUCCAUUCUCUGUGAUCGGUCCUCAGUUCAUUGCACCACAACCAAUUGAAGUUAUAGUCGAGAAGUGUCCUUGUAGAAACCUCAUGAUCACUGAUAUGAACCAUAAAAUCUUGCUCAAAGUAAAACCAUAUAACAAAAGAUUCCAUUGUCAGCGCGUACUACUUGACCCUAACGACAAUCCCAUCGCAAAGCUCCGGAAAAAGAAUUUGAGUAUGCAUAGUAGAUGGAAUGUAUUUAGGGGUGAAAGUAAAGAGAGUUCAGACAUGCUAUUUACCACAAAUACCAAACACAUGAUCCAUUUCAAAACCAAUGUUAGCGUGAUGUUGGCGAACAAAAUGAGCAACAAAGAUGACUGUGAUUUGAGGAUCAAAGGGAGCUUGUCGAAGGGAAACUGCACUAUUUAUAUGGGAGAUUCUUCAACCGCUAUAGCUCAAAUGCAUAAACUACAAACGUCGAAGUAUGCAAAUGACAAAUUCACUGUGACAAUUCAAGCUAACAUAGACUAUGCAUGUGUGGUCGCACUUUUUGCAAUUGUUGAUGCUAUGGAAAACCCUGAUGAGGAAAAAGGUUCCACUGAGACUGCUGUAGGUGUGGUUGGUGCUAUUGGUUCAAUUUUAACGUCCUAGUCGAAUUAGUACCAUUCUUCGUUCAUGAAUAUUAAGUUUCUAAGCUAGAUAUUACAUUCUAAGUUAGAUAUUAGAUUAUAUUACAUAUUACUAUUAUGUUGGUUCUCAUGAAGUAUUGUGUCGUGUCUUUAUUUAUGUCGGUCAUGUAAACGGACAUAUCUAUUGUAAACUGUCGUGACCUUUGAUUAGCGGUUAUGCCAAAUCCUUAAUAUAAAUAUAAUGCCAUGCAUCAGAUGAUGCUACUCUUUAUUCUCA